AUGAACGAGCUGGAAGUCGAGCUGAACUGUUUCCAGCGCGUGCGCGAAUACACCGAUAUCGAACCCGAGGAACACCUGCAAGCCAAGUCGUCAGUCGUCCCAGCCAGCUGGCCCUCAUCCGGCCGCGUCGAGUUCCACAACGUCACCGCGCGAUACCAGGCCGACGGGCCCGACGUGCUGCACAAUGUAUCCUUCGUCGCGAACGCAGGCGAGCGCAUUGGGCUCGUCGGCCGAACCGGCAGCGGCAAAAGCACCCUGGGACUCUCCCUGCUGCGAUUCGUGAACCUCGCCUCGGGCCAGAUCACCAUCGACGGCGUCGACAUCGCCACCAUCCUCCUGAACCGCCUGCGCACCAGCGUCACCCUGAUCCCCCAAGAACCCGUCCUGUUCUCCGGCGACGUCCACUCCAACCUCGACCCGUUCGGCGCUCCAGCGAAACCGAGCUCGCCUCCGCCCUGGCCGCCUGCACCUCCAUCCACGUUCCGGACCAUGCCCAUCCCGCCAAACCCACCCGCCCCCCUCACCCUCAACACCCCCGUGGCGGCCAACGGCGAGAACUUCAGCCAGGGCCAGCGCCAGGUGCUCAGUCUGGCGCGGGCCAUGUGUCGCCGGUCGAAAGUCGUGCUGCUGGACGAGGCGACGGCCUCCGUCGACCAUGAGACGGACAUGCACAUGCAGCGCGUCCUGAGGGAGAUGUUCCCGGAUUGCACCAUCAUCGCUAUCGCGCAUCGGCUGAGGACUAUUAUGGAUUACGAUCGGGUGCUUGUUAUGGCCGAUGGGGAGAUUGUCGAGAACGACACGCCCGCCAACCUGGUCAAGAAAGAAGGCGUGUUCUGGGAUAUGCUGCGCAACACAGGCGAAUAUGACGAGCUCGUGCAGAUGAUUGAGACGAAGCCUUCUGCGUCGUGA